AUGUCGGUUCUCGGAUUCGAUAUCGGUAACCUCAACUGCUACAUUGGUGUUGCACGCCAAGGAGGUAUUGAGGUUAUCACGAAUGAUUAUUCCUUGCAUGCCACUCCAGCUUGCGUUUCUUUUGGACCAAAGGACCGAUCGAUGGGAGUAGCGGCUCGUCAAGCGGUCAACACAAAUAUCAAAAAUACCGUUAUCAAUUUUAAGCAUCUGGUUGGGCGCAAGUUCAGCGAUCCGAUUGCGCAACGAUUCAUUCCAUUUAUUCCUUGCAAAGUUGUCCAACUUCCAAAUGAUGACAUCGGAAUCGAAGUCAGCUAUCUCGGAGAACCACAUACUUUCUCCCCAGAGCAAGUUCUAGCAGCUCUGCUCACCAAGUUGCGUACAAUCGUUGAGUCCCAGCUGACGGAUGUGAAAAAAGUUUCCGACUGUGUCCUGGCGGUUCCAUCUUACUUUACCGAUGUCCAAAGACGUGCAGUUUUCUCCGCAAUUCAAUAUGCUGGGCUAAACUCCCUCCGCAUCAUCAAUGAAACAACAGCCAUCGCUCUGGCAUACGGUAUUUACAAGCAAGAUCUCCCAGAAGAAGAUGCCAAGCCACGUAAUGUUGUCUUCCUCGACAUCGGGCACUCGUCAACUCAAGCCUCAUUGGUUUCUUUCAACCGCGGAAAGUUGCAAAUGGUCAACACAUCCUACGAUCUGGAAGCUGGUGGUCUCUGGUUCGACGCUCUCAUUCGUGAGCAUUUCAGAAAGGAGUUCAAGACUAAAUACGGAAUCGACGCUUCCACUUCUCCACGACCAUGGCUUCGGCUUCUUGAUGAGUGUGAGCGAGUGAAGAAACAGAUGUCUGCGAAUCAAACACCAAUUCCGCUCAACAUUGAAUGCUUCAUGGAAGACAAGGAUGUCACCGGAAAGAUGCAGCGUCAGGAGUUCGAAGAACUAGCAGCACCAAUCUUCAAUCGUAUCAAGCAAGUUCUUGUCAACUUGUUCACGGAAGAUGUUGCCAUCAAGCCAGAAGAUGUCGAAGAAAUUGAAAUUGUUGGAGGAUCUUCGAGAAUUCCAAUGAUCAGACAAAUCGUUAAAGAUCUUUUUGGAAAAGAACCGAAAACCACGAUGAAUCAAGAUGAGGCUGUAGCUCGUGGAGCUGCCAUGCAGUGCGCUAUUCUUUCACCAACAUUCCGUGUUCGUGAGUUCGCCAUCAAGGACUCGCAGCCGUACCGUAUUCGUCUCAGCUGGAACGGACCAGGAGACAACGGAGGAGAAAAUGACGUCUUCGCUCCACGAGACGAAGUACCAUUCUCAAAGCUUGUAUCUCUUCUCCGUAGUGGACCAUUCCAAGUCGAAGCUCACUAUGCUCAACCAAACGUCGUUCCCCACAACCAAGUUCAUAUUGGUUCCUGGAAAGUUAAUGGUGCUCGUCCAGGUGCUGAUGGUGCUAACCAAAAAGUCAAAGUCAAGGUCCGCGUCAACCCAGAUGGUGUUUUCACAAUUGCAUCGGCCAUUAUGUACGAGCCAAAGAUUGUCGAGGAAGUUCCCGCUGAAGCAAUGGAAGUGGACGGAAACGGCAAUCCAGACGCUCCGCCAGCUGAGCCACUCGAACCAGUGAAGAAAACCAAGUUGAUUCCUGUGGAUCUGGAGGUGAUCGAAUCGAUUCCAGUUAAAUACGAUGUUCAAAAAUUCCACGAGCUUGAACUUCGUAUGCAAGCCGCUGAUGCCAGAGAAAAAGAUAAGGCGGACGCUAAGAACUCACUCGAGGAAUACGUUUAUGAAAUGCGCGACAAGCUUUCUGAGCAAUACGCCGAUUUCAUCACUCCAGCAGCCGCUGACGAGUUCCGUUCAGCUUUGACUUCUACGGAAGAUUGGCUCUACGAUGAAGGAGAGGAUACCGAGCGUGAUGUCUACGAGAAGAGACUCUAUGAGUUGAAGGCAGUCGGCACUCCAGUGGUGGAACGCUAUCGUGAGUUCGAAACCAGAAAGCCAGCUUUCGAUACCUUCGAUCAAUCCAUUCUUCGUGUACGAAAAGCCUACGAAGAUUACGUCAAUGGUGGCCCAACUUAUGCUCACCUCGAUAGUAAAGAAAUGGAAAAGGUGAUCAAUGCUAUCGAAGACAAGAAGAAGUGGCUCGAUGAGGCUCGUCACAAGCAAGAGACCCGCUCAAAAACUGAUGCUCCAGUCGUAUUCACUGAGGAAAUCAAUCAAAACAAAAAUGCCUUCGAAAAUAUUGUGAACCCAAUCCUCAACAAGAAGAAACCUGCUGCCCCAGCUCCACCAAAGAAGGAAGAUACCCAACCAGCUGCUGGAGAUCAACCACAGUCCCAGCCAGGAGAGAUGGAUGUCGAUUAG